CACACCGCCGACUCUCGUGACGAAGCUCUCAAGUCGAACAUUUCAACCUCAACUCGAUUUGCAAGACUCAUUACUAUUCUUGCAAGAUAUGCAGUGUGGGAGUCAACUUUCUGGUCCAACUAGUUGAUCAGUUUAUCCGAAAUGCCUCGCAAUGGCUCGGCUGCUGGCUCAGCGCAAACCGGAGUGGGCGGCGCUUUGAGUCGGUUCUCGCGACGGUCUCACGCUGUGGAUUAUAUCGCAUUGGGAUGUCUUGUGGCAGGAUGGUUUCUGAUCCAGCUCUUCGUCCACCCCUUCCAUCGCAUGAUUAUACUCGACAACAAGUCCAUUCAGUUCCCCUUCGCAGUGAUGGAACGGGUGUCUGUUGUAUGGUCGAUUGUCUACGCCGGACUAUGUCCACUCCUAAUCUUCGUCCUCUGGGCCGCCAUGUUCCGGCCCGGCUCGCAUAAAGUCCAUGUAACGAUUCUCGGAUUUCUCGUGACGCUGAUCCUCACAUCGUUUUUAACGGAUGUGAUCAAGAAUGUGGUUGGAAGACCUCGCCCGGACUUCAUUUCCAGAUGUAUGCCUCGGAAAGGGACACCUGGCGACAUCCUGGUCGCAUGGACGGUUUGCACGCAGACGAAUGAUCAUAUUCUUCAGGAUGGAUGGAGGAGUUUCCCAAGUGGCCAUAGUAGCUUCUCGUUUGCUGGCCUGGGUUACCUGGCAUAUUUCUUCUGCGGCCAGAUGCAUGUAUUCAGACCGAGAGCAGACCUUGGCCGAUGCCUCCUGGCCUUCAUACCAAUGUUAUGUGCAUUGAUGGUCGCCAUCUCACGUCUCAACGACUACCGACACGAUAUCUACGAUGUAACCUGCGGUUCGAUCCUUGGGAUUCUGGUGUCUUACUUCUCUUACCGGCGCUACUAUCCUCCAUUGUGCUCUGUGACAUGCGACAUUCCGCAUGAAAAGAAGGAUGCGGAUGGCUUCUCCAGACUUGCCCCUGACGAGGAGCAACAACUCGACGAUAUGGCGGGAGAGACAUACCGGCUUGGAGAGCAGGGAACAUCACAUUAGAGAUGUUCUCGAAUUUGUGUAGAUUUCAUUAAUGAUACCCUAAUCAAUUUAGAAUAAUCAACUUAGAAUUGAAAGAUUGAGAUCUUGUCCUCAUCAUUAUCUACUACCACUACAGCUUGGAAAUACCCCUAUUCCUAACGUUCGUCCAUUCCUUGACGUCGUGGAAGUCCAUCACCUUGUUAGGCCCACCGAAUCUCCCCAGGGUAUCUUUCCAGUUUCUAUUCUGGCCAAUUUCCGGAUCCCACUUGACAAGGUCAUGGAUCUUUGGAGGAACCUUGUCUUCCAGGGCGUCGACAAUGAUACCUCCGAUUGAGGGAAGAUAUUUGAAGCCUGUAAAGGAGAGUUAGUUCCGCAGCCCAUACAUACAAACCAAGAGAAUGGCAUACCUCUCCCAGAAGCACCACAGCCCAAAAUCAAAGAAGGAUGAUGAGG